UGAACAGUUGCCUAUCAUCCUUUCAAAAGGAACGUUUAAAGUCAACACCUUUCAAGUGGUUGGUGGAUUUGGUUGAUGAUAUGGUUAUUUCUAGCCCUAUUCUUAUAGAGUUAAUCAGUAGGUGGGACGUGGUUCAUAAGGCGUUUAGGAUUAGGGAGAAUUUAGUGCCUUUUAGAGUUGAUGAAGUUUGUUUUUUUUUAGGUUUACCUAAUGUUGGUGAGAGUGUUAAUUUAGAGAAUGAUGUCGGUGGCAUUGUCAAUGACUUGUUUCAGGAUGAGGACAUCACAAUUUUAAGUAUAAUGGAUAAGUUGAAGCAUAAGACAUUUAAAUCCAAAAGAAGUGUUGACAUGUUUUGCAGGUUGUAUAUUUUGUUAGGUUUUGGAGCCUUUUAUUUUCCUAGGAAUAGUAAUGUGAUAAACAGUGUCCCUUUUAGUAAACUAGACAACAUUAAUGAUCUAAAUAUAUACAAUUGGGGUGAUGCUGUACAUGGUUUGAUAGUAAGUAGUUUGAAUCGGGCAUGCAAUAAAUACAAUAGCAGAUCUUACCACGAAGUUAUACACAUGGCUGGGUGUGCAACAGUUCUGCAGUUGUGGGUUGUUGAACACAUCAGUUUGUAUCAUCUUGAUGGACGAUGUAUUUAUCCCCGAUUUCUUCAUUGGGUUGUUAUUAAAGAUAAAAGGAAAAAAAUCAAAUUAAGUUUUCAACAAACAGAGAUAUUGUGGGAAUGCAACUUGUCUGAAGAGCAAUUACAAAAUGAUGAAAUGAAGGAAUCACAAACUCAUGGUGGGAAAAGUAAUCCUGAGUCAAAUGAUGAGAACGUAGAGUUUGCUAGACUUGUGGAAGAGCAGAGAGUAUUGAUGAGAAGAGUUGACAAGCAUGCAGAACGGCUUGAUGAGUUACAAUUGAAAAUAAGACGUCUUGAAGAACAAGUACAGAAUGAAAUGCCAUCUUCUAAUGAUGGUAUGGAGGGACCAUCCACAGCUGCGGGACCAUCCACAGCUGACAAAAUGAAUGAUUUAGCUAUUGUCAAUUUUGUGGAUGUGGGAAUGGAGGGAGCUUCCAGACAGGACAACAUUGAUUUUAGAAGUGUUUACACCACCUGCACUUCAUCACUUUGUCAUGAUGGUGAUGUAGCGCUUGUGGAGGUGUCUAACAACAUCUUAACCAGAGGAGACUUGCAAUGCUUUCGACCUCGUGCAAAAAUUGAUAACAUUUUGUUUGUGCCUACUGUGAGUGAUGACCAUUGGUGGUGCUAUUGUGUCAAUUGCCAAUCAAGGGAAUUUUUCAUUUUAGAUUCUCUUGGUCAUAAGAGGCGGACCAGAUAUGGUAUUGACAAGGCAAUGGUCGGUUGUUUGCAAGAGUUAUUCAAUAUGAUAGAUAAUGAAGCAAAUUCUGAGGAACGACAAUUGAAGGUCAUUAAAGAAGAUUUGCCAAUUCAACCAAAUACGUAUGAUUGUGGUUUGUUGGUGAUGAAAUAUAUGGAGUUAUGGGACAACCAACCUAAAUUUGAUGGCAAAAAAAUGCCCGAUUACACAACGGAGCAGUUACAACUUAUUCGACAACAAACGGUGUGUGAUUGGGUAUUACAUGAAGGAAAUAUGCAUAGAAGUACAGUAAUGAAGAACUGUGGAAUGCUAUAGCAAAUGAAGAAGUCAUGAAAUAGGAUAUAACUUGUAAUGAUGUUGCUGGAAUAUGAUAGAAUAUGAAACAAUUUUUGUUCUAUGGUUUUUUAAGUUGUUUACUAUGUAUAGUGAAGGAUUAGUUAUGCAGUAGUAUCACCACUGUCCAUUUUGUGUACAUAAGCUAUUAACUAAAUUAGCAGAACUUGCAGUGAACAAAAGUUAUUGAGCAAAUAACCAUAUAUAACUUAACAGAUAACCACUAACUGUACGAAAAAUAUUUGACAUUGAAAUUGAAGUUGAACACUUGUAUUGUUGUGUCGUCCGUCUCUCUUCGUUCAAGCCUUGCUUUUUCUCGUUCGUUCAAGCCUUGUCUCUCGUCCGUCUUCUCUCUCACUGUGUGACUGGAUGCUGGACAAUGAGAACAUUAGCAGAAUGGAAGCCCUACAUCUAUACGGCAUUGUCUAGGAUUGCUAAGAAAUUAUCAAAUUUUGACAUG